AUGGCUACCACACAGGCAACCGGUUCACCAGAAGAAUAUGGACCAGGGACGUACGUCGACACGACCUUCACUCCGGUGCCCGAGGAAUGCAAACGACUGUUGAAGGUCUUCGCGGCCAAAACCCCGGGAUUCACGCAGGAUCCAGCCCUGCUUGAUGGAGUAAAAUUCGAAGGCGACGGUUUGCCUUGCAUUCCCGGACCGAUCAAGGCGCAGGCUGUGACAGCAGUGCUGCAUGCGAUGGUUGGUAUUGUGGGUCUUGAAAUGCUCCAUUUGCGCGGCGACGAUACCAGCACGACAACGUACGUCAACCCCAACCAUGCAGGACUAUAUCCCGCCACUCCUGCGUUGGUAAGCGUCGACGGACAGACGGGUCCCUCCGUGAUUGCUUUGCCGAGCGUGCCUCAAUGGGACAAAGACCGUCAAUCCGGCUCUCCCUUGGUCUAUCCGACUGCCGAUGAGGGCAUCUGGUUUCAGCUUCAUGGCUCCCUCGACCCAUGGAAGGCACCGAUUGGGCAGGGAUUCCGCGUAUAG